AUGGAUAUUCAUGUUCUUCAAAGCCAGCCCGCCCAGGAGGUCGGGUUUAAAGACUCUUCCACGGUUCGUGUGGGUAAUAAACUUGUUCGCAAUAAGCCACCCACCCAGCCCUCUGCUAUGCGACCCAAGCGUAAUUCACACGCUGUAAAAAGUAAUGUACAGACUGCAAGUGAAGCGGGAGUUGUUGUUCCACCCGCCCAACCCACGAGUUGUCAUUUGGUCCGAGGCGAGUUCCAGCCGCGCCUUCCGACUUCGCUGCCGCCCCCAGGGCAGCAGCAGCAGCCGUCGCCGCUACCACGCCGACAGCCCGUCCCGUUGAUGCCUCCCGCGCAGCUUCAUCCGGGAGCGCCCCAGGUGGUCGCUCCGGCGCCUGCGGUCCCUCUUCAGUCGCCACCGCCUUCGGAGCUGAUGGACGUCGACCCCCCAGCCGGGCCGCCUUCCCAAGCGGUGGCUGUGCAGCCUGUCCUGCAGCCGCUUUCCUUGGGCACCCCCAAGGCGUCUGACACCGCAGCGCCUUGUCUGGCGCCCACUCAGCAGCCGUCGACGCAGCGCCAGGAGACGCUGCCUCUCUUCGUGGGUCCCGACGCCCCGUCGCGUCCAGUACCAGAAGCUGCGCCCGUGGUCACAGGCGUGCACCCUGACCUCGGUUUUCAGUCGGUGUUUCCCGAGGCCCCGCGCAGCCAAUGCUGA